CGUGCAAGCAGCGCAUUUGAGGAGGGAGCCCCAGCAGCCUGCCCGCAGGAUGAAUGAACCCUACAGCCCCGCAGCGCCCAGACCCAUGAGCAGCCCCUCGCCCAGCACCAUGAAAAUGUUCGUGUGCUUCCUCGCGGUAUUUAUUGUAGCACAGACGAUUGGGACUGUACUGUUCUGUUUGUACCUUCACAUGAAGAUGGACAAGAUGGAGGAGUCAUUGAGCUUAAAUGAAGAUUACAUCUUCCUGCGGAAAGUACAGAAAUGUCAGACAGCAGAAGGGCAGAAAUCGACCUUAUUGGACUGUGAUAAGAUUUUAAGAAGCUUCCAGGAUCUCCAGCGCAAGGACGUGGGAGUCAGCAAGGAGCACCCGAAGUUCGAAAUGCAGAAAGGCCGUGAGCACUCGCACGCGAAGGGCAGGAACGAGACGGCGGCGGCAGCGGAGAAGCGGCAGCCGAUCGCAGCCCACCUGGCAGGCGUCAGGAGCAGCAGGGCGGUCUCAGUUUUAGAGUGGACGACGACGGGAUACGCGCCCAUGAACAGCCUGAUCUCCUACCGGGAGGGCAAACUCAAGGUGGAAAGAGCAGGGCUCUACUACAUCUACUCACAAGUCAGCUUCUGCACCAAGGCGACAGCUUCGGCGCCGUUCACCCUCUACAUUUAUUUGUACCUCCCCACGGAGGCCGACCGGCUCCUGCUGAAAGGGCUGGACACGCACAGCACGUCGAGGGCUGUCUGCGACCUGCAGUCCAUCCGGGAGGGCGGCGUGUUCGAACUGCGGGAGGGCGACAUGGUCUUCGUCAACGUGACAGACUCAACGCUAGUGAACUACAGCCCCGGCAGCACCUACUUCGGCAUCUUCAAGCUGUAGCGGGGAGGCCCCCCCGGCUUUGCGGAGCAAAGGGCCUUUCCCUCUUUCCCCUAUUUAUGUUCCUCUGCAUCUUUAUUGUCUCGUUUCUUAAUUUGUAUAUUUUGUUAUUUAUUAAUGGGGGCCCAGGGGCCCCCAGAACAGAGAUGGAACGAAGUCUGAAGGUGUCGUUGCUUGCACUUUGCUUGUCUCGCUGCCGAUGGUUUUGUGUGUGCUGGUGUCAGGGGGUCUGACUCCUCCAUGCCCCCGGUGGCCCCGCGGGCCAGGCAGGGUGGAUGUCCUGGUUGCAUCACAUGAGCUUUAUUUAGCAAACUCUCUCACAAGGGUUUCUUUCCCCACAAUGUAGGAUGUCUCAGGGCGCUCCAGUUAAGCUAGGUUCAAGCUAUACAUAUCUUCUGUAUCAGUCUGCUUGCAAAACUACAAUGGAAAAACAUUAAAAGGCUUAGGAACA